AUGCAUGACUUUAACUCUACUGCAUUCACCAAUCCUAGUACCUUCUUCCUGAUGGGCAUCUCUGGUCUAGAAGAUUUGCAUAUUUGGAUAUCCAUCCCUUUCUGCUCAAUGUAUAUUGUUGCCCUCAUGGGAAACAUACUCAUCCUUUUCAUCAUCAAAACUGAGACUGUUCUCCAUGAGCCCAUGUUCUAUUUUCUUUCCAUGUUGGCCAUCACAGACCUCAACUUGUCAACCUCCACUCUUCCCAAGAUGUUGUGUAUAUUCUGGUUCAAAUAUCAUGAAAUCAGCUUCCAUGCCUGUCUCACUCAGAUGUUUUUCAUCCAUGCUUUCUCUGGGGUGGAGUCAGGGCUUCUCAUGGCCAUGGCACUUGACCGGUAUGUGGCAAUCUGCAAUCCACUGAGACACUCAUCCAUUCUUACAAAUUCUGUGGUGGCUCAGGUUGGCCUGGUGGCACUUCUGCGUGGGUUAGUACUAAUGACACCACAUCACUUCCUGGUGAGAAGAUGGCCAUAUUGCCAGUCCAAUGUAGUCCCCCACACAUACUGUGAGCACAUGGUUGUGGUGAAAUUGGCUUGUGCUGACAUUUCCAUCAAUAGUUUUUAUAGUUUGGCAGUCAUUAUCUUAAUUGUUGACGAUGUGACAUGUAUCUUUCUGUCCUAUGUACAGAUUCUUCAAACUGUAUUUAAUCUCCCUUCUAAUGAUGCCAGGUUGAAGACCCUCAGCACUUGUGGGUCCCAUGUGUGUGUCAUCCUCACCUUUUACAUCCCUGCUCUUUUCUCCUUCCUCACCCACCGUUUUCGCAAGCAUAUGCCACGCCACACCCACAUCUUGCUGGCCAACAUGUACUUGUUGGUACCACCUAUGCUGAACCCUAUCAUUUAUGGAGUAAGGACCAGGCAGAUCCAAGAAUGUGUUCUACAAUUAUUUAUGACUAAAAUCAGCUGA